AAAGCCAAACCGAUGAAGAGGGCUAGUUGCCUUUACUUGAUUAAAUCUUGAUUCUAUCAAAUGAACACCGCCGUUUUAAUGAUUGUUAAAAUAUCUCAGUGAUUAGGAAACUUUUUGUUAUUAUCUGACGCACGUGUGCAGCUUGCACGCGCUGUUGUUGUCAAACCGGAACCCCCUAAAAUAAGGGAAGACACCCAGUGAAUGCCAGACUGUGAAAGAGGAACAAUGCUGGUGUUUGAGCUGCCAACCCACUAAAGCUCUGCGAGAGAAGACAUCUGAUGAAAAACUACUGCAACGUUACAGAUUCUGGCAUGGAAGACAAAGCAAAUGGCUCUGUUGACACCAAAAGCCCAGAGGAGAACGGCCAGCUGCCGGACCCUGCCAACUGGGGGGUUGCUGACGUCGUCAAUUACUUCAAGGCAACAGGGUUCGAGGAGCAAGCCACUGCUUUUCAGGAUCAGGAAAUCGAUGGCAAGUCCCUGCUGCUAAUGACGCGUAACGACGUCCUGACGGGACUGUCGAUAAAACUGGGCCCUGCACUAAAAAUCUAUGAGUAUCACGUGAAGCCGCUGCAAACUCAACACCUCAAGAGCAACGCCUCGUAGCACCACAGGCCACCCCAACACCCACCUCAGUGACAAUCAUCGUGUCAGGAGACCCCAGGUUAGCUGCCAACUCACAAAGACUCCUCUGGCCACAGUGGCACCUUAACAGAAUUUGAAUGCUGUAUGUUUUUAUAAGUGUGGACUCCAAAAAUGGGUUUCACUUGGAGUCACCUCAGCUGUUUACCCUUUCAUCCAUUCUUAUUUCUGCUGCUUGAGAUACUCUACGUAUUUUAUUUUUUAGUGUGUUGUUAUUUGAAAGAAAGUAAUUUUGGGCAAAUACUGUGCAUGUAUGACUUUUUCUGAGUGUGUGUGUACAUACAUGUGUUUGCGUGUGUGUGCAAAGUGAAAUUAACCCAUGCUGGUUUAAAAAAAAAAAAAAAAAAAAUUUGUAUAUAAGAUUAUAUAUAUAUAGUUGAAAACGGUAUAUGUUGUUGUACCUGAACACUUUGAUACAUGCAAAAGAUGAUUCUGGUGCAUCCCGUUUUGCCCUAAAAUCUGUUUUUAUGCUCUAAACUGUGCAGCUGAGUCCAUGAAACGUCCUUGGCAUGUAACAAUGAAGCAUUUUGUUUUCCCAGAAACAAGGAGCCAAACAAAAGCCUCUUUGUUCCUGCACACCUGCAUUAUCUAGGCACGAGGCCUAGUGUAUACAUUCUAAUGUUCCUACCUGUGGUGCUUUCAGCAUUCUUGCAAAGACAACUGUAUUAAAGUAUGUAUGACCAAUGUAUAUGUGCAACAUAACACUGGAGUUUGAAAUUCUGAAUCAAAGAUUUGCAA